GCGCAGCGCCGCCCCGGGCCGGAGGCGGCGGUGAGGGGCGGCGCGGGCCGGGCCGGGGCCAUGGGGCGCGGCGCGGCGCUGGCGCUGCUGGCGGCCGCCUACGCGGGGCUGCUGCUGCUGGGCGCCGUGGGGCUGCGGGCGCUGGAGCGGCCCCGCCGCCCCUCCGGACCCUCGGCGCCGCCGAACGCCUCCGACUGGGACCUGGCCUCCGCCUUCCUCUUCGCCACCACCCUGCUCACCACCGUGGGCUACGGCUACGCGGCCCCGCGCACGGACGGCGGCAAGGUCUUCUGCGCGGUCUACGCGGCGCUGGGCGUCCCCGUCACCAUGCUGGUGCUGACGGCGGCGGCGCGGCGGCUCAUGGGCCCCGUCACCGAGCGGCCCCUGCGGUACCUGCAGGCGCGGGGCGGCUUCUCGCGCCGCGGGGCCGCCCGGGCCCACCUGGCCCUGCUGCUGGCGGCGGUGCUGGCGCUGUUCCUGCUGCUGCCGGCCGCCGCCUUCCGCGCCCUCGAGGGCUCCUGGAGCUACCUGGACGCCCUCUACUUCUGCACCAUCUCCCUGUCCACCAUCGGCCUGGGCGACCUCGUGCCGGGCGAGCGGCCCGGCCAGCGGCUGCGGGAGCUCUACAAGGUCGCCGUCGCCGCCUACCUGCUCCUGGGGCUGACGGCCGUGCUGCUGCUGGCGCAGACCUUCCAGCGCGUGGCCGAGCUGCACGGCCUCCCCGCUGCGCUCCUGCCGCCGGCCGAGCCCCCCGAGGAGGCCGAGCGGCUCCUGAGCGGCGAGGCGCCCGUGCUGGAGCCCCGGGCCGAGGAGCCGCCCGCCGCCGCCCGCCGCGGCUACACCGCCAUCAACCGAUAGCACCGCGGACGCCGCGGGCUCCCGUCCUCCCUGCCCGCCGCGACGGGGCGGGGGGGCAGCGCAGACGCCGGCGGGGGCCGAAACCCGCGUUCCGCCGCGGGCUGGCCGCCGGGCAGCUCGUCCGGGGCGCGGGAGGGGGCACGUGGCAAUAAACACCGGGCCGCAG